UAACCGAACGACUACGUUGUGGGCCACCGGGGCCAAUUGUUUUUGUUUGUGUUGCAUACAUAUUUUUUGAUAUAAGAACUAACAGAUGAUCUUGGGAUACUUUAUAUUCCCGCUGUCGUAUGCUCCAUUUGCAUGCGUGUAAUUGACAAGUAGCAGUUGUUUCGAGGUUAGAAUUAUGAUAACUCAUCUCUGCAUCGAUGUCAUUUUCCAUUACACGUGCAUAUUAUUAGCAUGAAGCAAGCGGACUUGUAUGGUUUGGUCAACAAGUUGGUGUUUGAAUAUGCAAUGUGUAAUUCUCUUUUUGUGUCAAAUUUGCAAUCACCACCAAAUGGGAGUAAGAAACAGCUUGACGCAAGCACGAUUUGCCUCGCAUUUUAAGAACUGCGGGUAGCGCGUCUUCUUUUCGGCCCCUCAAAGUGAUGUUACACAAUAGUCUCACUUCUUGACACUGAGAACACGGAUGUGUCGCAGUCUACAUUUACCUCCGUUUGGACCUGGUUCGCUUUGUUUGGAAUAGUGUCGAGUCAUUUGAUCGGACUAGUCCCGGCAUGUCUGUGUGUGUGUGUGAGAAAUGUAAUCAGCUGUUCCAGUUGGUGGCGUGCAGCUGAGUCAGCUGGGCUGGCCGUGAUAGGUCCACUUGACUUGACAGAGUGUACUCACACUCCAGUCUAGUCCUGACAUGUCCUGGAGGCUCUAUAAGAGCCAGCCGCAGUCUUUGCCUCAACUCUCUCUCCCUCCACUCUGCACUUUAUCUCUUUGCACUUGCACUCAUGGACCACUGACAGGCUCGCCGAUUGCCUGCAUGUCAACCGACAACAUGGACGCCUCUGAUGAAAACAAAGUGGUGCGGCCCAAGUUGGAGCUAUCCACUUUGCUCAAGCUGGCGGGCGCAACCAAAGACGUCCUGACCUUCAAGGAGGUGAUGUUCUACCUGGGCCAGUACAUCAUCCAGAAGCAGCUGUUCGACAAGAAGCAGCAGCACAUCGUGCACUGCGCCCAAGACGCGCUCGGCCGCAUCCUGGGAGUCGACACUUUCUCUGUGAAAGAACCUCGGGUUUUUUUCGCCAUGCUCUCCAAGAACCUGGUGAUCGUCAGGAGCCAAGAAGAGUCGACACGAAGCUUCGCCGAAGCGGCGAGCGGCAGCCAGACGCAACAACCCACACAGGAAAGUGUGGCCGGAAGUGGCCCUUCAUCUCCCAACAUCCGCCGCCGGCGACGAAGGCGCACCAGGAGCUCCAGGAGCAACGACGCAGGUCCCUCUCACGGCUUACCGGGCGAAGAAAAAGACAACGGGUCUGACGUGGACGAGGACGACGACGGCAGCGAGGGUGCAAAGAGGACCCGCUCGGACAGCUACUCACUAACAUUUGAUGACAGCCUCUCCUGGUGUGUGAUUGGUGGACUGGCAAGCGGGCGGGACAGGCGCAACAGCCAAUCGUCAGAGACUCCGAGCAACUCCGCCAGGUCCGACGCGACGGCCGCCAUCGCCAGCGACUCGGACAGCGACAACUUCAGCGUGGAAUUUGAGGUCGAGUCCAUCGACUCGGAUGAUUACAACGAAGACGACGACGCUUUGUCCGCUGACGAUCAGGUGUACGAGCUCACCAUAUUCGAGGAGGAGGACGACGACGACUCGUUUGACGAAGACACCGAGAUCACCGAAGCUGACUACUGGAGCUGCGAGGGCUGCAAGGAGUCCAACCCACCUCUCACGAGGAACUGCCUGCGCUGCUGGCGCCUGCGCCGGGAUUGGCUGCACAGCGCCUCGCUGCCAGCCCAACCCGCGGCUUGCGUCGACGCUCCGGCUUUGGACGCCGAGGACGGCGUGGAUGUUCCGGACGGCAAAACGGCUGUUUCCUCCUCGGCUCCCGAGUCGCAGGAGUCGCAGGAGCCGCCGGCCUCGCGGCCGCCCUCGUCCUGCAGCUCGUCCUCGCAGGAGAAGUUGUGGACGUGCGACUCGCAGCCGUCGUCGCUCGCCAACUCCCAGGAGACGGUGGGCACGCCCGAGCUGGAGCGCAGCGUGUCGGCCGAGAUGCGGCUGCCCGAGUCGUGCCUGGAGCCGUGUCUCAUCUGCCAGUCGCGGCCCAAGAACGGCUGCAUCGUCCACGGCAAGACGGGACACCUCAUGACGUGCUACGUGUGCGCCCGCAAGCUGAAGAAGCACAACAAGCUGUGUCCCGUGUGUCGGCUGCCCAUCCAAGCCGUCGUCUUCACCUACUUCAGCUGAGACACGCGUCUCUCCUCCCUCCCGCGCGCGUUAUUCAGCCUACCUCAGCUGAGAUGUGCCACUCGCCUUAGAGACAUCUUUAUUUAUUCAUUUCGGCACACACACACUUUGUUGUUGGAAGAGUAAGGUUGAAACGAUUAUUCUAUUGCUGAGAUUUCUAACGUUAUUUAAAGUUGCUGUUUAAAAAAAAAGGGUGUUGCUUACACUGUGCUCGUGCUCAUCAUUUACUAACCUGUGCUGUUAGUUUGCACACAAUCGAGCUUCUUAUCAGUCAAUGCAUUUUGAAUGAUCUGCUCGAAAACGUAUUCUUCGUAAUUCUCCAAAAGUGCUACACGAGCGCCCUCUUGUGGUACGCCAAGAAAUCUGACGUGUUGAAAACGACGGUGGCUGUCACUUCAUUUUGUUGAAUCCCUUCGAGUACAGUUGCUUGUAUUGCACCGUGAAAUGCAAAACAUUUUCAUCCGAUCAUCGACAUUUUGUGUAAAAAAAAA